AUGGAGGCAGUUCUGAUCCGGCUGAAAGGCCUAACUGCUGAUGAGCUGCGUGAGGAAAUUGCAAGGGCAAACCUGAAGUGUGUCGCUGUCACAGCCACUACCCGAUCUAUCCUUGAAAAAAAGUUGGCACGGAGGCUUGCUGGACCAGAGAGUGGUGCCGACGGAACGGACAAUAUUUCCUCUGAAAGUGAUGGAGAUGGCUUAGCUAAGGUAGCUGAGCAUGCCAAACCUUUACUGAAUGCCAACUCAACUGCAGCAGCAAGUGGCGGCCCAAUUGAGGAGCCGGAUUUUGGCUAUGGUGUGGGACUUAACCCGCCUGACGAAGAGGAGAUAUGUAACUCUCAAUCCAAAAUGAAAACUCAUUCAAAAGUGGAACAAGUAUCCCCACCAUUUUACUAUGGGGUAUUAUCGGAGGACAUUUUGUGUCGAAAUGAAAGAGUUCUUGUGUAUACAGAUAAGAAAGAUGCCCUUCAAGCUGUAAAGGGGAUGAAGGGAGCACGUUUCAACCGUUUUUCCAACCGUGAGGAUGCCGAGAAGUUUGCGAUGGGGAUGUCUGACUAUUUCCCCUCUCCCAGCAAAUCUAUGGCCGGUGCAUCUCCUGUUAAAGCAGGACAAAUUGUCAGUAAAGACAUCAUGGAGGUGGAUACCACUAACAGGGAACGGGCCAACAGUUAUAAGAGCCCACGCACCCAGGAUCUGACAACCAAGCUGAGAAAAGCAGUGGAAAAGGGAGAUGAGGUAGCCUUCUCAGAAGUAGUCUGGAGUAACCCACGCUAUCUCAUUGGCUCAGGGGAUAAUCCCACUAUUGUGCAGGAGGGCUGCAGGUACAACGUAAUGCACGUUGCAGCCAAGGAAAACCAAGCAGGCAUUGCCCAACUUCUGCUGGACAUUUUGGAAAACCCUGAGUUCAUGCGGCUCAUGUACCCCGAUGACCAAGAAGACAUGCUGCAGAAGCGUAUCUGUUACAUUGUCGAUCUUUACCUCAACACUCCAGAUAAGGCCGGUUUUGAAACACCACUCCACUUUGCCUGUAAGUUUGGAUGUCCAGACGUGGUCAACUUGCUAUGCUCGCAUCCUGUCACAGACAAGAACCGCACAAACAGCGAAGGCCAGAAACCUUGUGAUAUUAUUUGUAGCAGAAAGAACACAACACAAGAAGUGAGACAGAAAAUAAGUGACUAUUUGGAGGACCGCUGCUACAUCCCCCUGCUCAGGGCAGCCGACAACACCUCACAGCCCAUCAUUGGUGCCCCGUGGUCACCUGAAGCCUCAGAAAGUCUCUCAUUGAUUCAGCGACACACAAGGAGCCCUUUGGAUCCACUGAUGACUGUCACUGCGUUUGCUGGUCCACUGAGUCCUUCUAAAGCAGGAGAGUUUCGCCAUUCCUGGAAGACACCUCCUCGAAAUCAAGCAGAGCGCUUCCACAACAUCCUUAAGUCCGAUCCUGAGCGUGGUGCCGAGCGGGUUGGCAGAGAUUUGGCUCAUGAGAUGGGUUACCCCUGGGCAGAAUACUGGGAUUUCCUCGAGAGUUUUGUAGAUCUGUCAUCAACUAAGGGACUUAAGAAACUUGAAGAGUACCUGAGCAAGAAGGAUUUCUUUUCACGGACUUGUGAAGAGGGGGAGAAUGAGACCAGUAACAGAUUUAAAACUCCUUCACCAGGCAAGCCCAAAAAGUUCUGCAACUCUAUCUCUGUUGGUGCCUUUUUGGAUGAGGGUGAGGACAUCAGCCUCGAGGAGAUGAAGAAUAGGCAGAAUGCAGCACUUACCAGCAUCACCACCUCCGCAGCAUCCAUGGAAAACCUGAAGGGUGCAGUGGGAGGUCACGACAUUCAUAUCAUGCCAAUGGGACUAAAGUAUCGGGGGGACGACCUAAUCGAGACAGCGGCAGAGCAGGACCUCCUGUCUCCCGGUGUCUGCAAAAAUGGGGUGGCGCCCUCCAGAGAAGGGAUUUCCAAAGGUGAUAAAGCACUUCCACGGAGCUCGCCAUCCUCCAGCCUGAGGUCGCCCGUCUCAAACCUCUCGGUUGCAUUUGAACGCAUGUCGCUACAAGAACCGCCAGACAGCCCCGACGGAUGCAGGGAGAGGAGAAACAGUGGUGAGGACCGACACAGGGAGACCCUUGAGUCCAUCGGCUCCUCCACGAGCAUUGACCUGAGCAGUGAGCUGAAGCAGCUGUUGAUCGGCCACGAUAGCCAAAGCGAGGCUCUGAAGGGAGAAGACGCAGGGGAGAGGUGCAGCAGCGGUAGCUCCGAAGAAUUCUUUGAGGCAGUUGAGGACAGUCUAGAAAUGACGAGCAGGACAAGGGCGGGAGCUUUAGGGAUGCGCAACUUGUGUGCAAGGUCCAAAUCAUGGGAUCAUGGUGGGAAAGACCUGAGCAGUUCGGGGUCAUCAGCAUCCUCCUAUAAGUCCUUGGAUAAUGCCCACGAGUUCUUUCCCAGGACUCCACCUCACAUUAGAAGAGGACUCUUUAUCGAUGGGGAUUCGCCUACCAAAUUGGACAGAGAUGUGUUGUCAGCAAUUGGAGAUGUAGAGGUGGAUGUCCAAAAAUAUCCCAGUGUUCACAAGUGGAUGAGCACGAUAAGGUCCUACUCUUUCUCAGAAAUGCAAAGCUGGCAUAGCCCUGCAGUAGUAAAACAGCGACUCAGGACGCAGCAUCAGACUCCCGGUUCGCCAUCCAGCAUCCUCAUGUCUCCCUCGGGUCGCUUCAGUCCCGCCCGCCACGCCGCCUCACCGGACUUCAGCCCCGGUCGCUACAGCCCCGCCAACGUGAGCUACAUCCAACGCAUUCGCCUCAACCGUUUGAACGAGGCGUCAAUUUAA